AUGAUAGCAUCAACAACAUCUCCUAUUAUUAUUCCAGUUUCAUCUAUACUUCGAGUUCUAGGAAAAAAUUAUGAUGAAUCGAUUUUAUUAACAUCAACAUAUAAUCAAUCUUUGCUACGUGAUCGUCGCCAUCGUCUUUCAAAUAUAAUUGAUAAUCAAACUGGUAUACAACAAAUAAAUUCUUCACUCUAUCAUAACAUAUCCGAUCGUUUAAGCACAACACGUACAGAUCAAGUAUGUGUUUAUCCAAGACGAUCAUAUUGCCGUCAUAUAAGAUAUAAUCCAUAUCUAUUGACAUUACCACAAGAAUCGAAAAUUCCUAAAAUUGAUAUUAUGGAUAACAAUGUUGAAAUAAUAAAUCCGUAUGAGCAAAAAUCUAAUGAAAAUGAAAUAAAAAAUGAAACAAUCACAACAAAUCAUGAUGAUCAAAAUACUAUACCCGAUGAAUAUAUGUCAACAAGUAAAACAACGAAACGAAAAAUAACUAUGAAUCAUAAUUGUCAAAAUUGUAAACAAAAGUUUAAAAAUAAAACUCAAUUAAAUUUACAUAUAAUUAAAUGUCAAAAUGAAAGUGAACAAAAUGAACAAAUGCCUCGUCGACAUUAUUCUAAAAAUGAAUCUUUAUUAGUGUCAUUACUUAAACAAGAAGCAAUUACAGAGAAAAAAUCAGACAUCCAAACAAAUGAUAUAUCACCAUCAAUUACGAUGACACAAACAUCUGAGUCUUUUGAAAAAACAACACAAAUUGAUAAUAUGAUAAAGAUUGACUCCAAUAGUAUACAAAUUAAGCUAGAAAAAAAUGAUGUUGAUUUUAUUUUAAAUGAUUCAGAAAUAUUAAAGAAAACAAUUAGUAAAGCACAGUCGAUAUCGUCUUGUCAAUCUCUGCCAAAACCAUUAUCAAUAAUAGCUUGUACAAUAUGUGGCGAGGGAAAUAUAAUUAAUGAUGAAUUAAUUAAGUGCUCGACAUGUCAGAAAAGUAUGCAUGCAUACAAAUGUCUUAGUUUUGAAAAUAAUAAAAUUUUAAAAACAAUUAAAACCUAUUCAUGGGAAUGUGUCGAUUGUAAGAAAUGCAUUCAAUGUGGUACAGUGGAACAUGAUGACGAAUUACUUUUUUGUGACCAUUGUGAUAGAGCUUAUCAUAUGGAUUGUUUAAAACCACCAUUGAGUGAACCACCACCAGGUGAAUGGUAUUGUCAAUUGUGUGUAUAA